AAACAUCCCCUCUACAGAAAGAAAUAGUACAUGUUUAUGCAAAGAGAAGGAGAAAAAUCACAUGGUUUGUUGAACUAAUGUUAGAGGUCACAACCUUUUUCACAUUUUUGGCACUAUUGGUUUAGUUCUGUUGGACACUCCGGGUAUUCAGCUGAUGAAGUAUUUGAUAACAACAAUAAACUGUUGUCUCUGUCAACAUUGCCCUUCUUAGCAGGUUCAGUUGAGGCCAAAGCAUCAGACUGAAUCCUUUCUCAUUCAGAUUUUGGUAGAAAGAGAGAAACACGAGAACAAACCAUUUCACAAAUAAAAAUGAUCAAGCUCCUUUUAAUUUAUUAUGAAUUGGUUCAUUGCUUCUUGUGAAGGGCCCUCUCAGAACACAAAAAUGUAGAGAAAUAUUUUAACUUUACCAGCUAAUAUCUUUUAAAACGGCUUUAAUGAGAGAGUUAAUCUCACCUCGUAUCCAAGGAGACGCUUAAAGGGGAAGGCCCCGGUUCCUUUAAUAUUUUCUCUGAAGUUGGUCGUUUUUAUUUAUGUAUUUGAAUGUAAACACUAUGAUAUCCAGCAGUUUAAAUGUUCUACUUGCAGACUAAAAUGUAGAGUUGCUGCUGGAAUAUGAAGUGUUGCUGGUCAUGUGCCCAUGGACAAAACGGCCUUUGAGGGGUGGCUGGAGUCGGUCUCUGCCACCUUCCUUUCUCUUAACGACCAGCAGCGUAACCAGUGUCUGGAUCAGCUCAUUUCUCUGAGCGGCGCCGCCCAGCUCCGUCACCUGUCCAACGGCCUGGAGACGCUGCUGAAACGGGAUUUCCUGCGCCUCCUUCCCCUGGAGCUGGCCUUCUACCUGCUGCGGUGGCUGGAUCCUCAGACCCUGCUCACCUGCUGCUUGGUCUGCAAACAGUGGAAUAAGGUGAUCAGCUCGUGCACAGAGGUAUGGCAGAGUGUGUGUCGGGAGCUUGGCUGGCGGAUCGAUGAAUCCAUUCAGGAUGCAGCCCACUGGAAGGACGUCUACCUAAAAGCGAAACUGCGUAUGAUGCAGCUGAAGGACCAGGAAGCCUUUGAGACGUCGUCCCUGAUUGGCCACAGUGCCCGAGUCUACGCCCUGUACUACAAGGACGGCCUGCUCUGUACAGGGUCUGAUGACCUCUCUGCCAAAUUAUGGGACGUGAGAACUGGACAGUGUAUUUAUGGAAUUCAGACACACACAUGUGCCACGGUGAAAUUUGAUGAGCAGAAGCUAGUGACCGGGUCCUUUGAUAACACUAUUGCAUGCUGGGAAUGGAGCACAGGGGCUAAGAUCCAGCAGUUCCGGGGCCACACUGGAGCAGUCUUUAGUGUGGACUACAACGAUGAACUGGAUGUGCUGGUCAGCGGUUCUGCAGACUUCUCGGUGAAGGUCUGGUCUCUGUCUGCCGGUGCCUGCCUCAACACGCUCACUGGACACACCGAGUGGGUCACUAAGGUGAUCUUGCAGAAGAGUGAAGUAGAAUCCAUGGUACACAGUCCUGGAGAUUAUAUCCUGCUAAGCGCUGAUAAGUAUGAAAUCAAGGUUUGGCCUUUAGGAAGAGAAAUCAACUGCAAGUGUUUGAAGACGCUGUCGGUGUCGGAGGACCGCAGCAUCAGCCUUCAGCCUCGCCUGCAGUUUGAUGGACGUUACAUCAUCUGCAGCUCUGACCUGGGAGUUUAUCAGUGGGAUUUUGCCAGUUUUGAAAUUCUGAGAGUGAUAAAGAUGGAGGAUCCAGCCAACCUGUCCCUGCUAAGCUUCGGCAAGGUGUUUGCUCUCCUUUUUGAUAACCACUUCCUGUAUGUCAUGGACCUGAGGACAGAGUCUAUCUCAGGCCGCUGGCCUCUUCCAGCAUACAGGAAAUCCAAACGAGGAUCCAGCUUCCUUGCAGGCGUCACCUCCUGGCUGAACGGCCUGGAUGGGGGCAAUGACUCUGGACUGGUAUUUGCCACCAGCAUGCCCGACCAUAGCAUUCACUUAGUUCUAUGGAAGGAGAAUGGUUAGCAAAACGUAGAAGACACACUGUGGACAUUUGGCCUCUGAGCUACCAUCACGUUCUCUAAAAUAUAUAACUGCCAAGAAAGAUCAUUUACGGACCAAAGCAUGUUGUCUUCACCCUUUUCUUCCUCAUCAUUCAAGUCCUCCUCUAGAACCUUUUGCACCAACACAAACUAAUGGAGGCGAAGCUCAGCUAAGAACUGAAGUGAAUUGGUUACUUUUGUGCUAAAAAUGGAUCAGCGCCUCUUUCAAAAAAAGAAAAAACCUCCAUGACGCUAAAAUGACGAUGUCCAAGAAAGAAAGAAAAGAAAACAUUUUAGUAACCAAAAUAACAUCGAUAUCGUUUGUAAUGUAUGUAAAUGUGUAAAAGUGCAGGAUUAUUGCAGUUUUGCUUUUGCUGGCAUCGCACCAGUGAGAACGUCUGUAGCUGACUAGAGUUGCCAUGUCAGUCACUGAGGUGACAUCUUGGAACAGGAGCAGGGUGGCCUUAAGCUGACUGUGUUUUCAAUGGCGACACAUGAGGACAUGAAGAGUUCUGAAGCUCACACAGUGCGGUGUACCAUGUCAAACACUCUGUUCGUUUUAAGGACAUCUGGUUUAAAUGUCAGCUUUGAUAAAUGUGACGUGCCUUUCAGUUCUUCACAACAGCUCCAGCAGACUGCAGUUGAGAUACCACUUUAGGAUCGUUUCAUAUUCAGACGCCUGUACAUUAAUCGCUAUUCUGUAUAUUUCUUGCUCAUUGUAGUGCUUUUCUGAACUGAUUGUGUUCAGCAUAUUUUUGUGAAAUUCCACAGAGUUACACAGUAAAGAAAGUAAGUUUGAAUGAAUUUGGUUGUGUCAAAUAUUUUCUUGAGUUGGUUGUUAUUUCUAUCUAAAACACCACAUUUAUCGUUUACAAUAACCAGACUGUAAGUUGAUUUUACGUUGUAUCCUUGUCCCUGCAGCCCUUAAUUCAGGUUAUCAAAACAACAAUGUGAGUUGUAUGUAUGAUAAGACUUAAGCCAGGUGGUGUGUUUGAAAUCUUUCUAGGUUUAAUAUAUUUACAUGGACUUGCAUAGUAUUUGUCAGGUUUUCUGCCACACAAUGAGUCACCUUAAUCUAUCUGCUUCAUUCUUUCUAAUAAAACAUCAUAGUAAAAGUCUU